AUGGCGGUUGGAAAGAACAAGAGACUCUCCAAGGGCAAGAAAGGCCUUAAGAAGAAGACCGUCGAUCCAUUCUCCCGCAAGGACUGGUACUCGAUCAAGGCUCCCAGCUCUUUCAGUGUGCGAGAUGUUGGCAAGACUUUAGUAAAUCGAACGACUGGUCUCAAGAACGCAAACGAUGCCCUGAAAGGACGAAUUGUCGAGGUCUCUCUGGCAGAUCUCCAAAAGGAUGAGGAGCACUCGUUCCGCAAGGUCCGUCUCCGCGUGGAUGAAAUCCAGGGCAAGAAUUGCCUGACGAACUUCCACGGCCUCGACUUCACAUCCGACAAGCUCCGAUCUCUUGUGCGCAAAUGGCAAACUCUCAUCGAGGCCAACGUCACAGUCAAGACUACCGAUGACUACCUUAUCCGCCUAUUCGCCAUUGGCUUUACCAAGCGGCGGCCCAACCAGAUCAAGAAGACGACUUAUGCCGCUUCGUCUCAGAUCCGAGCAAUUCGACGCAAGAUGACAGAUAUUAUCCAGCGCGAAGCCUCCAGCUGCACUCUCACGCAGCUGACCUCAAAGCUGAUUCCCGAGGUGAUCGGACGCGAGAUUGAAAAGUCGACCAUCGGCAUCUACCCUUUGCAGAAUGUCCAUAUUCGCAAGGUCAAGCUCCUCAAGGCCCCAAAGUUUGACUUGGGCGCUUUGAUGGCCCUUCACGGAGAAUCGGGGACGGAUGACCAAGGCCAGAAGGUUGAGCGUGAAUUCAAGGAGAGAGUCCUGGCUGAGGUAUGA